GAGACGGAGGCAGAAGCAGCAGCUGAAGCAGCCACACGGUACGGGCCACUUUCGCGAAUCAAUUUCCGUUGCGGUGGCCGUUUCAGUUUUGGUUUCAACGUCGCCGGCGCUACGCGUGUCGUGAAUUUCAAAUGGCGGUCGCCUUGGUCGUUGUUGUUGCUAUUGGUGUUAGUGUUGCGAGUACGGAGUGUUAACCCCCUGCCUCUAAGAGGAAGAGAGAAAGCCCAAAAACAAAAAAGAAAAACACAGUUAAGAGUGUGAACAAAAUAGAGAAAAAUAAGAGCCAAGUAGCCAGGACAUUCAAUACCCAUGUUGUUGUGCUCCGAACUCGGCCCAGAGCCGCGAAGGCGUUGUGCCACAAAAAGGAUACGCAAAAGACAGGGAUGCUGCUGCGAAGAGCAGCCGAAGGUGGCGAACGAGGAGCCACAACACAGCCAUAGUUAUAGCCAAAGUCAUAGCCAAACCCAAACCCAAACCCAUAAUCAAAACCAAAGUCAUAGUCAAAGCCAAAGUCUUAAUCUGGCGCGGAUCACAGCGGCAGCCCUGACAGCGGCGGCCAUGCUGCAUACAACGAACGCCCUGGCCACCGGCUCCCUGGGCUCCUCAGCCUCGGCAACCGCUGCACUGCCGCUACACGGCACUGCCACGCCCACCGCCACGCCCGCUAUGCACGAACUAAACGCCUCACUGCUGAGCAGCACGACAGCGGCAGGAUUGCUCGCGAACGAUUCCCUGGACGCCGGAGGCAUCGGCCAGGACUCUGGCCAGGACUGGCUGGACGAGAUCUUCUGGGCGCUCAAGGCCUUCGUCAUGCUGUUCAUCAUCAUUGCAGCCAUUUGUGGCAAUCUGCUUGUUAUUAUUUCUGUGAUGCGUGUUAGAAAAUUAAGAGUUAUAACGAAUUACUUUGUAGUUUCCUUAGCCAUGGCUGAUAUAAUGGUCGCUAUUAUGGCCAUGACAUUUAACUUUAGUGUGCAAGUAACUGGGCGCUGGAACUUCAGCCCCUUCCUGUGCGAUUUGUGGAACAGUCUCGACGUCUACUUCUCAACAGCGAGCAUUUUGCAUUUAUGCUGCAUAUCUGUGGAUAGAUACUAUGCGAUUGUUAAGCCGCUCAAGUAUCCGAUUAGCAUGACGAAACGCGUGGUCGGCAUUAUGCUGCUGAACACCUGGGUGUCGCCUGCCCUGCUCUCGUUCCUGCCCAUCUUCAUCGGGUGGUACACCACCGACGAGCACAAGGUGUUCGUCAUUCAGCACCCGGAGCAGUGCAUGUUCGUGGUCAACCAAUACUACGCCAUCAUCUCAAGCUCGAUUUCGUUCUGGAUCCCUUGCACGAUUAUGAUAUUCACGUACUUUGCCAUUUUCCGGGAGGCCAAUCGCCAGGAGAAGCAGCUGAUGAUGCGACACGGAAACGCCAUGCUGAUGCACCGACCUUCCAUGCAGCCGUCGGGCGAGGCGAUGAGCGGCUCUGGGUCCUCGAAAACGUUGACACUACACGAGGUCGAGCAGGAGCACACCCCCACUAAGGACAAGCACUUAAUCAAAAUGAAGCGGGAGCACAAGGCCGCACGCACGCUGGGCAUCAUCAUGGGUACCUUCAUCCUCUGCUGGCUGCCAUUCUUUCUUUGGUACACCCUCUCCAUGACAUGCGCCGUGUGCCAGGUGCCCGACAUCGUAGUCUCGAUCCUGUUCUGGAUCGGUUACUUCAACUCCACGCUGAAUCCCCUGAUCUACGCGUACUUCAACAGGGACUUCCGGGAGGCCUUCCGCAACACUCUGCUCUGCUUGUUCUGCAAUUGGUGGAAGGACCGCCACCUGCCCCUGGACAUCGACAUCCGACGCUCCAGCCUGCGCUACGACCAGCGGGCCAAGAGCGUCUACUCGGAGAGUUAUCUGAACUCGACGACCCCCUCGCACCGCCGCCAGUCACAGAUGGUUGACAACUUAUAAUACAGGGACGAGGCGCUGCUGACACCGAUUGCCCAGCAGCAGCAGCGUCUGGCGGCCGGCGGGGACACCCCGGCCCGUCUGGGUGUCACCGGGUGCCCCCAGGCAGGCGGCGCCGGAGGCGGGUCUGCGUCCACAACGGCGGCAGCAGCCAGCAAGAGCCAUAAAUCGAAUCUCGAUGGCGACGAUGUGCAGGAGAUACAGAUCGAAAUACCCAUGGAGUACAUUAACAAAUGGAACAAGAACAACAAUGCCGCCGCCUCGACGGCCUCGAGUCAUGUGUAAAAUCGAUGAGGGAGCCGGAAAGGGAAUCAGUUUAAUGCAAUUAAAAUGUUCCAUUAAUUUGUAAAAUUAAUAUGCCGGCUCAUGCAUCGGCUGAUUUACUCGUAAUGUUGACAUUAAUCAAUCAAUCGCUGGAGCGUGCCCUGCUGCACUUUGUUUUGUUUCGUUAUUAUUAUUAUUUUUU